UCGUGCGGGUCUAACUGGAAAACGCCACCGUUUUGGUUGACCCAUGGGUUUCUUUCCUUCGGCGGAUGAUAUACUUUCAAAACGCCAGCAUUUAGUAAAAACGCAUCGUUUUCUGCCGUUCCCUCCAUCCCAAAUAUCUCGCAGUGUUCGUUGAAACUUCCAACUAACGCAACUGUCACUUCGGCGGACCUCUCGAUGCUGGUUGUAUCAGUGAUGUGUUUAAUAUACACAAUUUCUCUCGAAAAUUAUGAACAAGAAGCCAAGGCAACCAGCAAUUCAAACAACACCGCUGCGCCAUUUUUUCAUCCUAAAUUUCAAGUUUGAUCUGUUUCUCUUCACAGCUAACAUUAGAACGUCUCAGAGGUACUUUUUUUGUUCUUAGUAUUUGCCUUUUUUUUUUAUCAUGGAAGUACCUCUUGGUCGUUUCCAGAGCAUAUCAUUGGAUCAGAUCCAAAAUAGUUGCAGCUUUCCCUUCCCUUUGACAGAUCAUACGGUUUUUAAGCGAAAUUCUUUACUCUCUGGGUACCACUUUCCGUGUAAUGGAAGAAAAUGGAGGAAUCCUUUUGAUAAAAUCAAGUGUUCGCAACUGGAACGAGGGUUGAAACCGCGGCCCAAACAGACACCGUCGAGAAUUAACAUUGAAGAUGUAAAAGAAACUCACUUAGAAGAUACGCGGAGCAAGAAACCUAGUGUAGAAAUUUGUAGUCAGAUAGAGAAAUUGGUUUUGUAUAAUAGGUACGCGGAGGCGCUUGACUUAUUUGAGAUUUUGGAAAUUAAAGGCGGUUUUGAUGUGGAUAGUAGCACGUAUGAUGCGUUAGUGAGUGCGUGCAUUGGUUUGAAAUCUAUUAGAGGAGUGAAGAGGGUUUUUAAUUACAUGGUUAGUAAUGAAUUUGUUCCAGAUCAGUACAUGAGGAACAGGGUGCUGCUUAUGCAUGUGAAAUGUGGUAUGAUGGUUGAUGCACGUAAGCUGUUUGAUGAAAUGCCGGAGAAGAAUUUGGUUUCAUGGAACACCAUUAUUGCCGGCUUAGUGGAAUCAGGGAAUUAUGAAGAAGCAUUUCGGUUGUUUCUAAUUAUGUGGGAGGAGUAUUCUGAUGGUGGAUCUCGCAGGUUUGCAACGAUGAUUCGGGCAUCUGCUGGACUAGGGUUCAUAGCUGUGGGAAGACAGUUGCACUCGUGUGCAAUGAAGAUGGGUGUAGGUGAUGAUAUUUUUGUGUCUUGUGGAUUGAUUGAUAUGUAUAGCAAGUGUGGAAGCAUUGAAGAUGCUCAAUGUGUUUUUGAUCUGAUGCCGGAGAAGACUACAGUAGGAUGGAAUUCUAUUAUAGCAGGCUAUGCUCUCCAUGGUUACAGUGAGGAAGCUCUGAGUAUGUAUCAAGAGAUGCGUGACUCUGGUGUUAAUAUGGACCAUUUCACGUUUUCAAUCAUUAUAAGAAUUUGCACGAGAUUAGCUUCACUUGAACAUGCUAAGCAAGCUCAUGCAGCUCUGAUUCGUCAUGGUUUUGGGUCAGAUAUAGUUGCAAACACG